CUUGCAGCAGCUCGUGGCGAAUCGAUCCAGAGGUCGUAUAUCAUCUUCGUCAGCAUGGCAGACCCGGAUCAGCCUCAGAGCUUGCCACAAGACAUCCCUACUGCACUCUACAUCGGACACCAUGAAUCGCAAAGAACUGCUGCAGUCACACCAGAAUUGCUGGGCCAAGCAAACCUCGCUGGAUAUGAUAUGCUUACUGCUCCUUUGACAACCCCUCACUUCCAGUCACGGGUUCUGACGUGCCUCGAGGAAUACGUUAAAGAGAUCAAGACUGCCAAGCAUGCUGAAACAUUGCCACUUCCUACCAUAGCACCUCUUCUGCCCGAAGACACCGAUUUGGGGCCAGAUGAGGGCAACAUUGCGAUCAUCGGUGUCGUCAGCCCUUGGAUCGAUCUUGGAUCUCCAGACCCUCUUAUCGCGCAUGUCAGCCGGCAAGUCUUCAGUCUCGAGGUUGCCUACGCAGCGUUCGUGGGCAUCGGCAAUGUUAUUGUUCACGGCCCCAUUGAAGGCUCGGAUCACGUCCAGUAUGCCCGCGCUGUCCUCGAAGGGUUGGGUCUUGGUCCCUAUGUCCAACUACAGAUCCUCCUCCCGAUCACAGGAGAGCUCGAGCUCGAAGGUGCUGAGGGAGCACAUCUAUCUGAGCUUGCGCGAGAGAAAUAUAUGCCAGCGCCAAGUGAAGAAGACGAGGCAGAGCCAGAGCUGUUCGGCACCUGGGAGACGUGGAACACGAUCCGGGCCAUGGGACAGUACAGCAAUAAGCUGACAGUAGCACUCGAACUUCCGCGCCAACUACCCUCGCUCGAGCUUCAAUCUCGUUGGUUCUCCGAGCCUGUGCGGACAUUGGUAAUGCCACGAACCACGUUUCUUCGCAACCAAGCUGGCUAUCCUGUUCUAGACAAGGGCCACCAGCAGUUACUAUCGCGAUUUCUGCGCCUCAAGUUCGCGCCAUGGGUGCUACUGGCCGACGUUGAUCCUAUUGAAGCUGCCGAGGAUGCACUUGGACAAUCAGGGCCAGAACCAACGCCAGCAGAAGCAGCAUCUGCGGCGUCUAAAAGCAAAGCCGCUGAUACCUUGGCUCAUCUGCGUUACAUGCGACGCUUGCAACAAACGCAACCAUCACGCCCCCCAGUGGAGAAAUUCGGCCAAGGCUAUCAGGACUACAUACAAUCACCCCUCCAGCCUCUGACUGAUAAUUUGGAGUCAAUCACUUACGAGGUCUUCGAGAAGGACCCGGUCAAGUACGAAUGGUACGAGAGAGCCGUGGCUGUAGCGCUCAAGGACAUUCGUGCCAAGCUUGGAGAAGACAAGAGGCCGAUUGUCUGCGCAGUUGCAGGAGCUGGAAGAGGUCCGCUUGUCACUCGCGUUCUACGAGCAAGCAAAUCUACUGGCAUCUCGAUUGUGCCAUGCGCAGUCGAGAAGAAUCCUAAUGCUCACGUCCUCAUCCAACGACGCAACGCCACUGAUCCGCUCUGGAACAAACAAGUCCUAGUCUACAAAUCCGAUAUGCGAAGUUGGCCAGGUCCCACCAUCGACGGAAAGGUCAACAAGGUCGACAUCCUCGUAUCUGAACUGCUUGGCUCUUUCGCCGACAACGAACUCUCGCCCGAGUGUCUCGAUGGCGUCCAACACGUCCUACAUCCCGACUACGGAGUCAACAUCCCUCAAUCCUACAGCGCUCAUUUCACCCCAAUUUCUACACCGCGUCUACACAGCGACCUCCUCAGCCGCAGCGGUGAAGACAAAUGGGAACUUCCUGCUGUUGUCAUGCUUCAUCAGUACGAUGACCUAUGCCGUGGACCGACUCAAAAGAACGGGCAAAUGCAGUCUGUCGUCUUUCCUGAAUUGACCCCCGAGAUCAAAGACGCCUGGGUCUUCUCUCAUCCGAUUCCUGAAGCGAUCAUCGCCCAUGCUGCUCAUCGCGCAGGCGGCACUCUGGAUGCUGGAGGCUUUACCGGCGGCGACGGCAAGAACGAGCACAACGUCCGCACCUGCCACACCAGAUUCAGUGCUAAGAACCGCGGAAUAUGCCACGGUCUAGCCGGGUACUUCGAGUCCGUCCUCUACGCUCCAGAAGACCGCAAACUCCCGCCUAUCGAGCUCUCCACGAAUCCAAUCACGAUGGACCAAAAGAGCAAGGACAUGAUAUCUUGGUUCCCGAUCUUCUUUCCGCUCAAAACUCCGUUGUAUGUUCCGGACGACGCAGAAGUCGAGGUCACGAUGUGGAGACAGACAGAUGAUCGGAAGGUGUGGUACGAGUGGAUAGUGGAAGUCUAUCAGAAGGUCGGAGGGAAGAGGUGGAAGCUGGGUGGAAGUGUGUUGCAUUCGAGUCGAACGAAUGGGUGUUUGAUGUGAACAGGAAGUCGUCCUGAGCCGGCAAUAAGAAAGGGUGAUUGUCAAGUGUGGUGACAUCCAUACGAGAGGCUGUAUGAGGCAUUGGAGACGAUGCCAAGACAGUUGCCUGAGAGCAUAGCUUCUCCGAGAGAAUGGAGGCUGACUAGCCCAGGAGGCUGGCCACUCGCAAAUGCCCUCAUUUAGGAGGCAAUACCCGCCUAAAAACAUCUGUCCCUCGAAACCGCGGCAGCAAGCACAAGUAUCCCAAAAAAGCUCUCCGGGUCGAAACACUGCCUGCCGCCGCACGAAUGAGGCCAGAUCCCCGAAAGGCACCGAAGAAAGACAUACUUUUCGGCGAUAGCACAGGUUCGCAUCGUUACAAAUUGAAGGCGUGAAACUCGAAGGGAGAUGCACGCGUGGCGUUGCCGUUUGCCGCGCUUCACUUCGAACUAAGGAGCUUGUGAAAGUGGGUCCACCCGCAUCUACUCCAACUACUUCAACCCAAACAAAGCGUCAUUACCUUCAAUCGAACAAUGUGCGUCGCCCUACUGAAACCGAAUUGACAAAACCAAGCAAACAUGGCGCCUUCUCCACUGCAGCGACGCCGUACACUCUCUACGAAGAUGUCGUC